AUGUACUUAUUUAAAAGACAGAGACCUGAUUUAAAGGCAAUAUGCACUUUAGUACAAAAGUUCAGCAUAGCGAAGAAGUCUCAUUAUGAAGUUUUAAAUGUACGAAAGAACUGUACAGAAAAGGAGAUUAAAGAUGCAUUCAUUAAGCUUAGCAAAGAGUAUCACCCAGACAAAAACAAGAGUUCUCAAGCACAGCAACAGUUUGUGGAGAUAGUUGAAGCUUACAAUGUCCUGAGCAAGCCUGGCAGUCGGUCUAGAUAUGAUUUAAAUAGCCAUCAAACAAGUAACUCAAAUGUUUAUAAAACAUAUCCUUCUUACGACUAUAAGUACAAAGCUUAUAAUAAUCAGUACUAUAAUAAUUACACAAAUAAUAAUUCUACCAAUCAGAAUCAGAAUUCGGAUGCAUAUUAUGGACUGAAAGGAAUCCGAAAAGUACCGAAUGUAGUAAUCAUCAUGAUUUGUUUUGGUGUUGCCAUUGUCGGAUUAUUUUUACAAAUACUCGUUAUAAGCCGUUCUUACCACUUUCAUAGAAAAAGGAUAGAUGAGAAAUCUAUAAGAUUGGCUGAAGAAUUGGAAAAAGUUAGAGCAGCUGCUAGGGAGAAAACCAAUGAAAUGCAGACACAGCAAAUUUUAGACAAAAUAGUUACAGCAGCGAACCCAUCAAUUGCGACCGCUUCACUAGGACAGGCAUUGGCUACUGAGAAAAAGUGA